ACCGUUGCUCAUUACAACGACUGACAUUUGUAUCGUAGCCAACACAUUUGUCGAUUUAUUGUCAAUGUUGUCAAGUCAGUGCAUGGAAAUUGUUCAGAAAAUUUAAUUGAAUUGUUCUUUAUUUGAAGGGGUAAAAUGUCGAGAGAAAACAGGCGCCGUUAUCUUACACUUGAAUCGAAAAAUAUCCAUACGAGAUUAUUUCAAAAUGUUUUGGCAUUAGAUGAUUUUCUUGAUGUAACUUUAUCAGCGGGUGGAAAGCAUAUUAAGGCGCAUCGCUUUAUUUUGGCAGCUGCCUCCGAAUACUUUCGAAAAGUGCUUAAAUUCAGUAAUGAUUCGAACAAUUUUCCAAUAUUUUUUUUCAAUGAUGUAAAAUUCGAACAUAUGAGUAAAAUCGUUGAAUAUUUAUACACGGGCAGCAUUGAGAUUCAAUCGAAUGACAUAGAUGAAUUUAUGAGGCUUGCAAAACGAUUGCAAAUUCUUGGCCUGCAUAGGCCACUUGAUGGUGAUACGGACGAUUUAUCGAUAGCUAGAUCAACGCCAUCCGUACUAUUGUCAUCAUUUGAUGAUACAACGUAUACCAAUGAUAUACCACACGACAUUUCAUUCAAUGAACCAGGCAGCAGUAGGGAGAAAAAAAUGAAUUGCAAUCGAAAUACGUCUUGUGAAUGUUCGAUCGGCUCGAAUGAACAGACAAGAACUCAAAGGCCAAGAAAUCGAAAUAUUGUUCCUAUGGUGUCUGAACAUACAACAGAUGAAUUGUCAUCAAACCAUAAACCAACCGCAGCAAAGAUGGACAAUGGUGACGGACAAACUAAAUCGAGAAUAAUUAGACGUAGAAAAAAACUGGAUCGAAGUGAGAAAAAUAGAAAAAAAGGAUCAAUGUUCGAUGAAAUGUCAACUGACAGCAGCACCACAGACAAUCAAUAUAAACGUGUACGUUCAGGAAAGGAUCGAAAUUCAAACAAAAUAUCAGGGAAGUGGCCCUCGCGUAAAAAAACGAAACAAUUCCACUGUCCAGUGUGUCAAAGUUCAUUUUAUUUGCGUCUUGGAUUGAUGAAUCACUUCAAAAAAACGUCGUGUAAUCCACCAACAGAUUUUGAUGACGAUGAAUAACCACGAUAUUAGUUAAUUGCAUAGUUAAACAUAAUUUUUUUCUGAUAUCCGGUUUCAAGAGGUUUUUUUUAUUGUAUUGAAUUAAUUGAAAUUGUUUGUUUCACUUUAUUGUUUUAAGUAAGACGUAACAGUUUCAUGUUUGCCGCCGAAUUGAUUUCGGACUUUUCAUUUUUUCAUUCGCAUAUAUCAACGAUUUAAGAUAUAAAUCAUUUGACUGAAUUGAAGCAAUUUUUUAGUUUGGAGCAUGACUGAUUUGACUUCUCUAAA